AUGCCGGUUUGGCCUGUGUCAGGCCUCCUGGACCAACACCAGCUGUUGCACCGCACGAAGACGCUCAAGGGUGGUGGCGCAGUCCUCAAUUCAUACAAUCCCCACAAUAUCCUCCACAAUGCAGGACGCAUCGACAUGGAGAUGAACUCUCCUGUGAAACAGCUUCAGAUCCUUCGCCCACAGAUCUUUGUUCUUCUUGAUCGUCAUGGCAUCGUUCAAGACAUGGUAUUGAACGCAGCCAUGAAGAUCAAGGACAACAUUGAGCUCGACGGAUUAAUGAGUUUGCCGUAG